ACAAUCAAAUAACUUUCUAUUAAAAGAGAUUCAUAUUUUUAAACUGUAUUUCACUUAUCACUAAAAUACAAGUGAGCCAUUGGCACAUCUUUAAGAGAUAAUGUGUCGUUGAUGCAAUUAUUACUUUAUAAAUAGUGUCAUAAUGAAUUUUAACAACUUUUCAGAUAUCUUCGUAUUUAUUUGAUUUUAUAAAACAAUACACAAAACAAAUUAUUAUCAAAAACAAAAUUUUAGACGAUCAUUAAUAUUUCGAGUUGUUAAAUUAGUGGUGUAAAAAUCUGUAUUAGAAUUUAUGUUUAUGAAACAAAAAUUUUUCGAUUUGUGAUAUAUACAAUAUAGAAUAGAGUUUUUUGCUUUUUUAUUCUCAAAUUCUUCGUUGUAAAAGAAAACAACAGUAUACAGUCUCUAUCGAUACUAUUUGUUUGCUUUUACACUAUAUAUAUAUACGUAUGCAGCUAGUGAAAGUGACAAAUUGUGGAUAGAAGCACGAAAGAAAGUAAGAAAAGUCUUCAUUCCGAUAACAUUCUUUUGCCGUUUGUUUAUCUAAGUCGUUCUUUUUAAAGUAUACUUGUUGUAUAGCAUAACACAGUAUUCAAAUUUCAUCGAAUUUUAAGUAAGACGCACACAUACUCAUAUGGCCACUUCCAUGGAAGUCAAUCCUCGUCUGAUGGCGAGUGUUCGCGACGAACCAACGCAAAUGCUUCAACCAAUAUCUGGAUACGAAGAAGAGUCCAUCUUACCUCUUGAAGAUGUCUGCAAAUCCUUGGAAGACAUUAUCGACGAAGAACUGAAACAAAAUAUAAUUAUCGCAAAAGCGAAUUCGGCAGAACCUAAAGAUGGACUGACUCAGGAUGAGUCAGCUUCCAUUCGUUUAUACACCAUGAAAUGGAAGAAAACUGACAAUAGUCUUUAUGCAGUGUUGAAUCGCACGUUGCGUAUGGCUAAUCGAAGAAAAUUGCAACCGUGGUUCAAAUAUUUAAAAUUGUUCCUGACGGCAUUUUUUAAAUUACCGUACGUAACAAAUAUGCAUGACUAUGUAACAUGAUAUGAUUUUAUUUCAGGCCAAUUGAAUAUCAAACGGUGUGGCGUGGUGUUCUCGAAGAUUUAAGCACCCUUUAUCCGACGGGUAAAGAAUUUACGUGGUGGGGAAUAAGUUCGUGUACUUCUUCAAUCAAUGUACUCGAAUCCUCACAAUAUGCGGGAACUUCUGGCACAAGAACAAUAUUUUCCAUUGAGACCAAUAAUGGGAAACUUAUUCGAUCACAUUCCUAUUUCCAAGAAGAGGAUGAAAUUCUUCUUCCUCCAGGCAUACAUCUCAAAGUGAUCGAUACGUUUAGCUUGGUUAAUGGUUUAGAUGUCAUUCAUCUUCGUGAAAUUCCACCACCGUAUAAAAUGCUUGCAGAUCCUUUUAAUCUGAGUCAAUGGCAACAGGCUUUACCUCAAUCGAAACCAUCAUCACAUACAUCAAGUUCACGAAAAAACGAAGAAAAAUAUUCAACAGCAAGUGUUACGCCCAAACCAUCUGUACAAGUAUCGUCAACAAAAGGGAAGUUAAUUUGUAUUGUUAAAGAUGAGAAAGUUUCUACAAAAAAAACAUUUGCCUAUGAAAUCUUGAUUUUUGUUACACUCUUAGUUUCAGAAAUUUGGGCUUAA